AUGCAAGAUUCAGGAUUUCUUGAUAUAGCCCAAGAAUUAAUUCGAAUUGGACACAAAUAUGAUUUAAUUGAUAUCAAUACUGUUUUGCGAAGUCGUCACACUUUAUCUCGAAACGUGCAUGAUCUUGCAAAUCGAUUCAGAGAAUGUAUAAAAAAUAAACUACGCGAACCACUGCAAUAUCAUUCUGUGACCAUAUGUCCAGACUUUUGGAGUGAUCCGUAUAGAAACAUCUCGUAUCUAGGACUGAAUAUAUGUUUUGUUGAUGCUCAACAUCGUUUUUCUUCAAUAGAUUUAUUUUGUCGACCUUUUCUUGGUAAAAAAUCUGCUGAUGUAGUUGUAAAAGUCCUUGAAUCUCAUUUAAGCGAAUUCGGUAUUAAUAAUUUAGCUAUGGUGAAUAUAAUAUCCGAUCGAGGAUCAAAUUUUGAUAAAGCUUUUGAACCAUUUAAUCCUCUAUUUGGCUUUGGUCAUCGACUGAACAACGUAUUCAAGGCAGCAUUUUUUCAUCACGAAAAGAAGAAAACAGAUAACAAACAGUCAUUGAGAAGUAUCUUGAGUAAUGAUAUUGCAGUUGAAGCAAAACUUUCUGGUUUAAACAAAGAGAUUGAAAGUAGUGGCGGAUCAACAGUACAUCAAGCAACUGAUAUUCGUUGGGUCUCGAUCAUGAAUUCAUUGAAAUCAAUAUUGAAAUCGUAUAAGAUGAUUAAGAAAAUUUUGAUCAAUAGACAACAACAAAAACUAUUCAUCAACGUCGAUGAAAAGAAAAUCAAACAGAUUAUGUUAUUGUUAGAACCAUUUCAAGACGUGAUGAAAAUGAUUCAAACUGGUAAUUCACCAUCUUUACAUUUAGUCUUGUUAUGUACACAAACAUUGAGAGAUGUAUUAAAAUCACUCGAAUCAUUAGUGAAUUAUCACGAAAAUAAUGGUGAGCAUGAAUCCAAAGAAAGAUCGAAUGAAAUAGACGACGAGUUGUUCGAAGAAUUAGAAGGUAUAAAAUUUUUUCUUAAUCGAAUCAGAGGUUUGUUGGACGAAAUGUUUGAACUUGAUAUCAGACACUAUUCUGCUACGUUAUUGCAUCCUAAGUAUCGUUCAGUGAAAGCCUGCACUUGGACCGAACGUGCUGAAUGUCACAAAUAUGUGCGUCAACAAAUGCAGCUAAUCUAUAUCGAGCUAAAUGAAUCGAUUCAAAAGGAAGUUGAAGAACCUACAACAAAGAAGUUUAAAGGUGAUUUGUUUCGUCGAUUUGAAUCUGAUGGGUCAGAUGUUCCACGAGAAGAUGGAGGUGAAUCUAGAAAUGAAAGCGAAGAAUAUCCAAUCUCAUCAAGAAAAAGAGAUGCACUUGAUCGUUAUUUAAAUUUAGAGUUAGAAAAACUCAAAUUAUCAUCAAAUUCAUUAAAAUUCUGGGAUGAUCAACACGAGAAGUUUCCUCGUUUAUCUUCUCUAGCUCAUCGUAUUUUUUCAAAACCAGCUACUUCUACGAGUGUAGAAAGACAAUUCUCUGGAGCAGGUUUAGUUAUACAAGAAAUAAGAACGAGUUUAAAUCGUGAACAAUUAGACAAUCUUUUAUUGAUCAGAUCAAUGAGAAAAUAUCAACAUUUAUUUGAACAACGAUUGUCUUAUUUUCAUAUAUGA